UAGUUUGACUUUCAAAACGAUUUAUUUCUAUUUUUUUGUCCCUUUGCGGAAGCAUUCUGUUGCUAGGUAGAUUGUCUUCCGGCAACCCGGAAGCCCACUAUUGUCACAUAAUUUCGACGCUUAUUUAAUAAAAAAUAAGUAACAGGACGCAUUACUGUGGGGUGAAUACAAUUAAUAUUAUAAUUUCGAAUAAUAAUAUAAUUUAAAUGUAAAAAAAAAAAUUCCAUCUUCUUGUAAAUUAGAAUGACCGGAAGUCCCACUACUUUCUCUUUCUAAUUUUCACGGAAAAAUAAAAAUAACGGUAUUUACAUCCUCAAAAUGCGUUUGAUUUACAUUUUAAUUUGGAAAUGAUCUUUACAGGUGUUUGUGCAUUAUUUUUGGAGAGUUUUUCGUUUGAAGUAGAGGUUUAUACUUCCGCCAGCAGAUGGACUGAAGUAAUGUUUGUCAUUGGACCUUGGUUGCUAGGUUAUCCUGGUAAAAACAUCCUACCCUAAGGCCACGCUCGCUUCUCUUAAAGCCGCUUGGAUUCAGCUAACAGAAAUAUUCCGACCAUAUUAAAAAAAAAUGUUCCACCUAGCUUUUAUUAUGAAGAGCAAUUCAUGUCGUCACUCCCUCCGAUAGCGUCACUCGGAUCAAUAAAUAGCUCCUUCAGGCGCUAACUUGCGAUCAUUAUGGAGUCGCUUUUCUUUCUAUAACUGGAGCUUCCGAGUGACCGAGACCUGAGCCGAUGUCAGAACGGUGAGGCUGCACCAGGGACGUGCAGGAGCGAGGGUGGUGUCCCGGAAGGAGGAUGCAGCAUCCUGCAAGUCAGAGAGAGCACCACUGAUGCCUGGCUCUUUGCUCACGUUGAUCGACUGCUGUUUCCUCACCUGUUCUUUCAGUGGGAGGGAACAUGGCCGGAAAGGUGAAGUGGGUGACAGAUAUUGAAAAGUCAGUGCUCAUUAACAACUUUGAGAAGAGGGACUGGAUUCAAGUGACGGAAAAUGACGACUGGAAUUUUUACUGGAUGAGUAUCCAGACCAUCCGCAAUGUGUUUAGCGUGGACACGGGCUACCGUCUGACCGACGAGCAGAUGGUCAACCACUUUCCCAACCACUACGAGCUGACAAGGAAGGACCUGAUGAUCAAAAACAUCAAGCGCUACCGCAAGGAGCUGGAAAAGGAAAGCAGCAUGCUGGCCGAGAAGGAUGACAACGGGAAAUACAUCCAUCUCGAUUUUGUCCCAGUGACAUUCAUGCUCCCGGCGGAUUAUAAUCUCUUUGUGGAGGAGUUCCGCAAGAAUCCGUCCAGUACGUGGAUCAUGAAGCCGUGCGGGAAGGCGCAGGGCAAAGGCAUAUUCCUCAUCAACAAACUGUCCCAGAUCAAAAAGUGGUCGCGGGACAGUCGCACCUCCACGUUCAUGGCAGCCUCUAGUGGCAAGGAGGCCUACGUCAUCUCCUUAUACAUCGACAAUCCCCUUCUGAUCGGUGGGAAAAAGUUUGACCUGCGUCUGUACGUGCUGGUCACCACGUAUCGGCCACUCAAAUGCUACAUGUACAAGCUCGGUUUCUGUAGGUUCUGCACGGUGAAGUACACGCCGAGUACAAGCGAGCUGGAUAACAUGUUUGUGCAUCUCACCAACGUGGCCAUCCAGAAACAUGGCGACGACUACAACCACGUCCACGGCGGCAAGUGGACUGUGGGUAACCUGCGUCUGUACCUGGAGAGCACAAGAGGAGAGGAGGUGACCAGCCGCCUCUUUGACCAGAUCCACUGGAUUGUGGUGCAGUCCUUAAAGGCUGUGGCUCCUGUGAUGAACAAUGACAAGCAUUGUUUUGAGUGUUACGGGUAUGACAUCAUCAUCGAUGACAAGCUCAAGCCUUGGCUCAUUGAGGUCAACGCAUCGCCCUCACUGACAUCCAGCACGGCCAAUGACCGCAUCCUCAAGUACAACCUCAUCAACGACACCCUGAACAUUGUCACGCCCAAUGGCGAGAUGCCGGACAGCCGCUGGAACCGAAGUCCGCCGAGAGACGCCCUGGGGAACUAUGAACUUCUGUACGACGAAGAGCAAGCACAGAGCGACGCCGACUUGCGGACCCGCUCGGGUCAGUCGCUUGGGUCAAAGGGCACCAAGGGUAGCGGCGCCAUCCGCACCGCCGCGGCUACCUGGAAGUGAUGGACUUUUUUAACAUCAUUGCUCAUCCUUGGACUGAAAAGAAAUGCAUUUUUUAUUUGUUUUUAAGUUGGAUUGUGCCUCAUUUGCCGACUACUAUCUUGUGGAAUGUGAUUUUGUUUGCCCACGGAGAAUGCAUCUGCUUUAUAAAAUUAUUCAACAUGC